GCAACUUAAGCGAACGGUCGCACUGUCAAGCGGUUUGUAGUCGGGGGCAGGAUUGAAAUUAUUUAGCAAACAAAAAUCGAAACACGGGAGCACGACGUUAGCUCUGUGUCCAAAGCGCUUUUGUGAAAGUAUUCGCCCCGUGAAAGUAUUUCUGCAAUUUUCCGCAAUAUAAUGGCUGCACACUUUUUCCGCACUGCAUUUUACGCAACGGCGGCGAGAAAAUCGAUGAGUUUGCCCUUCGCCGGCCGGACAGCCGCAACUUUAGCCGUGGGCCUUUCAUUCGGCGCACAAAAUAGUCGGGCAGCCGUUCCGUACGAGAAUGUAUACGCGGAUAACUUUUUCGGAGGCUGCCAAGCCCAGGGAUUGCUCAAGGUUCCCCAAACCCGACAGAUCCAGCCCCCGCUGUUCCGGAACUUCUCGAGCUUGCAGACAGGCCAUCAGCAACAGCAGCAGGUUCAAAAUAGCGCCAUGGCUCCGUCAAAGAAUCGCCGGUAUAUAUCCUCGCAGGAUAUUACCAAGAACAUGACUCUGUACACCAGCAACAAGACGCAAAUCGAGGUAGAUCCGAAGACACUGGCCUUUAAAAAGCCAACUGGAAACCCACUGGUCCUAAUGAUGGCCUGGCUAAUGGCCAAGCAAAAGCAUCUAAAGAAGUAUGCACAGAUUUACACAGAGAUGGGCUUCGAUGUGGUGGUGGUGCACAUUACGCCGUGGCAACUCCUCUGGCCGGUCAAGGGGACCCAGGUUGUGGCCGCUGAAACUCUACGAUUUCUGGAGAACAACAAGUCGUAUGAGCCUAUCGUAAUGCAUGGUUUCUCCGUGGGUGCUUACCAACUGGGCGAGAUCAUGCUACAGAUGUCUCGCGAUAUGGAUCGCUAUGGCAGCAUUCUAGACCGUUUCGUGUGCCAGGUUUGGGACAGCGCCGCCGACAUCACUGAGAUCCCAGUGGGUGUGCCCAAAUCGAUUUUCCCUAGAAACGAGCGCAUGCAGAGCGCCCUGCGCAACUAUACGCUGUACCACAUGAAGACAUUCCACAACCAAGCUACCAUCCACUAUAUGCGCUCCAGUCAGAUGUUCCACUCCACACUGCUCAAAGCUCCAGCGCUGUUCUUUGUGUCCGACAACGAUCCCAUUGGUCCACCAUCCUCCAACCAGGCGGUGCGUGAGAACUGGGAGCGAGCGGACAUCAAAGUAACGUUUAAGUGCUGGGAGCGAUCCCAGCAUGCUGCCCACUUCAUGAAGCAUCGCGACGAGUAUCUGCAGACGCUGUUUCAGCAUCUGGAGACCUGCGGUGUAUUAGAGGCCAUCGGCGUACCAAAGCGCGCCAAGUUGUAGACGUCUCUUUCGUAGAGCCGCUGACGAAUUCGGUGAUAUACAUUUAUUCAAGAAUCAACGCGAAAAUGAUUUUACCCUAGCUGCUAAGACCUAAAGUUUAACAAGAAAAGUAAAACCAAUGUCCUCUUUGAAUGAUUAUGAUCUGUGUGUCUUUCGCGAGGCAGAAUCUUCAAACGCCCGCAUGGGAAAUUCCUAGGCUAAGCUUAAUGUCGUAUUCUAUAAUCUGAGAGAAAAAUGCACUACGCCUCUAUAUUGUUAUAUUUUGAGAUCGCUGCAAAACGGCUAAAUAAAGUAAUUUUAAUGAUA